UCGCUGCCACGGGUCAUUCGGCUCAGCAGAAUGAGAACCCUCCACAGCCGAAAUCGCUUCGCUUGAGGGGUUACGCUGAGAUGCAGAAUACGGAAAGAAAGGAGAAGAGGAAAUUCUGGAUCGCCUUGUCGAGGGAAGAGAUUGAAGAGGACAUAUUCAUUAUGACUGGGUCAAGACCCUCUCGGAGGCCAAAGAAAAGGCCAAAGAAUGUGCAGAAACAGCUCGAUAGCGUUUUUCCUGGAUUGUGGUUAGUGGGGUUCACUGCAGACGUUUGCAAGGCGGCAGAUACUGCAGCAAAGAAGUAGAGAAGCUACAGCGAAUUGCAGUUUGCCACACAACACAGUUUGGUGGCCGCGGUAACUGGGACCUGUAAUGGAGGUAUAAAUGCGCAGAAUUUUGUAGAGCGCAAAAGAUUUGCGAAAUGGGUAUGUUGAAAG